UGUCAAUCCUCUUACAAAAAAAGUACUCUCAAAAUGGCACGAGCCACGCACAUAUACAAUGCCGAAUAUCCAAUUCCAUCCAAUGUCUUGGCCAAUGAUGUCAUAGAUGUCCUUCAUCUUCAUGAAAAUCUUCUUACGGUUCAGCCGCAACUAGCUUCUUACAGCGAGAUCAGUUCAACUGAAGCUUCCGAUUUUGAUACGUAUUUUGACAAUCUUGACUAUCCAGUUAAGGUAUACAAGGCAAUAGAAAAGAUCAUGAUAAUCCCGGGAAUUGGGGACUGGGGCAAAUACCCUACGACUAUUAUUGUUACCUUCCAGAAUACAAUAGAUGGUCUCAAAUCUCGUGCAGUUGCGUCUGCGGGAGUAGUUGUAACGGCAACAUAUACGGUAAACAAGGCGAACAAACAAGGUUCUAAGUGUGAUACGAACGAUGGAGAUAGUUUAGGUGACGACAGCUGGAUUUUAUCCCAGAAUGUGGUUUUGGAAUGUUCCAGUUGGCUUAUGCCAUUUGUGAAGCAGAAUAUGGAAGGUGCACAGAGGAACAUGUGUCAAAACUUGGUAAAAUUAGCGUCAUUGCAAUAGACACGAUUACCAGUUGAUCAUCAAGAGUUGACCAGCAUAUACUCUUUC